UUUUUUGACAAGUCUUCUCUUAAUUACUCUGGCGUGUUAACUAUCAAAGCCGACACUGGUAUUACAAGUGCUCAGUAUGGAUGGCUUGGAUCUAUCUUUUAUCUCGGAUACCUUCUAUUCCAGGGUCCCAAUGCAAUUCUUCUUCAAAGAGUUCCUAUAUCUAAAUAUAUGGGAUCACUGAUUAUAAUCUGGGGUGUAGUCCUCACUGUAACCUCAGAAGGAAAAAACUUUUCUCAACUCGCGGCCCUUCGUUUUCUUUUGGGUUUCUUUGAGGCUGGAAUCUACCCAUGUUGUAUCAUGUUGAUCAGUUCAAUGUACCGUCGCACAGAACAGUCUGUUAGAAUUGGUGUCGUUUACAUUUGCAACGGUAUUGCAAUGGCUGUUGGUGGCCUUGUAAGUUACGGCAUUGGUCACAUGGAAAAUGUUCUUGGAAAGAGUUCUUGGCAAUGGAUCAUGAUCAUUCUUGGUUCAGUCACAAUUCUAUUUGGCGUAAUAUGCUUUUUCUGCCUAAUCGACAACCCCAGAUCUCGUUUCCUUCGGCUCACGCCCGAACAAAAAGAAGUUGUUGAUGCCCGCCUAAGAGACAAUUCAGUCGUACGAACAACUGAAAUUAAGUACAGCCACAUGCUUGAAUCACUCCGAGAGCCCCGCUUUUACUGCUUCAUUUUAUCUUCUCUUCUCAUCAACUUCCAAAACGGUGCACUGAGUACUUUCAGCGCAAUUAUCACAGCUGGAUUUGGGUUUUCGAGUCUUAAUGCCAUUCUUCUUUCAGUACCAUCCGGGGUAGUGGAUUGCAUAUACAUUGCCUUUGCUGUUUGGUUCAACCGUCGUUAUGGCCAUACAAUCUAUACCAGCUGUGUACUUCUUGCUAUCUCUGUACUUGGUCUCAUUCUACUUAUCGUAAUUCCUAAGCCUCAAGUCAAGUUGCUUGGUCUUUACAUGUGCUGGUCUUAUGCUGCUGCAUAUACCCUCAUUUUGGUAUCAGUGGCAAACAAUGUUGCUGGCUAUACAAAAAAGAUCUUUUACAGCACUGGAAUGAUGGUGAUGUACACAUUUGGAAACUUUAUUGGUCCCCAAAUGAUGGUUUCAUGGCAAGCACCUCUUUACCUUGGUGGUAUGAUCGGAUACAUGUGUGCCAACGCAGUUUGUAUUGGUCUUCUCCUACUGGCUCGUUACUACAUGAUGAAAUCGAACCGCGAACGCCUCGCCAACCCGAGUAAAGAUGAGAUCGACGUUAAUGAUGAUCUGACUGAUAUCCAAAACCCAAACUACAUUUACCGUCUAUAA